ACCGUUGUGGCGCGAGCGUGUCGCUGUGUGAUAUUACCGGUGCGUGUUUCAAAUCCAUCCUCACCUUAUCUCGUGGUAUCACUUUAUUUUGCUUGUGUACAACGAUAUUCGAAACAAAAAUAAACACUCUUGAACGCGUGUAGCGAUGUUGUGUUUUGUGAUGCUUGGUAGCAUGAUGUGAACGCGUGGUUCUUUUGUUUCGCAAACAUUUCUGGUGCCGUCGGUUGGUAAUUUAAAGUUUUUUAAGAUAAAAAGAGGAAAUAAAGACAUUUUCGCGUGCGUAGAGGAUACUUGUUGUGCGGGUGCCGUGGUUGCGAUAUGUGUGUGCCCUAUGUUGGGGUUAGUUAGGCCGCAAUGUGGAUUACCAACGGCCUCGGUGCGAAUCGAAGGGAUUACCAUUGGAUAUUAGUCUUCGGGUUGUUCAUCAUCGCGAGUUUACCUCAUCGGACCUCAGCUGGUUUCGCGUCGUGUUCACCAAGCCCAUGCAAAAAUGGCGGCACAUGCGUGACACCUGUGAAGGGCGAGAGUUACUGCAAUUGUACAUCGAAAUAUGUAGGUGAAUUCUGCCAGCAUGUGAAUCCCUGUUAUACCGGCCCAGGUCCACGCUGUCAAAAUGGCGGGUCGUGUCAAGUGCGCGAGGCGCCCGCCACCUCGCCGAGCUUCACGUGCGUCUGCCCGAUCGGGUUCAGCGCUUCGCUUUGUGAGAUUCCCAUUGCGAACUCGUGCGAUCGCCGGCCGUGCAAGAAUGGCGGCACGUGUACACUGAUAUCAUUGAAUUCUUAUCAGUGUAGUUGUGCUUUUGGAUAUACAGGGCAAAAUUGUGAAAAACAAGACCAUUGCGCAUCACAACCCUGCCGUAAUGGCGCAAAAUGCACCAGCGUCGACGACACAUACAAAUGCACAUGCGCACUGGGCUUCAAGGGCGCCGCAUGCAAAGAAGACAUGGAUGAAUGCCAACAGAAUCCUUGCAAGCAUGGCAUUUGUCACAACACGCACGGCAGUUACACUUGUACAUGUGAAGAAGGCUACACUGGAAAAAACUGCGAACGCGAGUACGUCCCCUGCGACCCGUCGCCGUGUCAAAAUGGCGGGCAGUGUCGACAGCGAGAUAAACACACAUACACAUGCGAUUGUCAGCCCGGUUAUCGUGGUCAGAACUGUGAAGAAAACAUCGACGAUUGUCCCGGUAACAUGUGCCAAAAUGGCGCAUCGUGUGUAGAUGGUGUAAACGCAUACACGUGCCAAUGUCCCGCAACAUACACGGGGCGUUUUUGUGAGCAGGACGUGGAUGAAUGCUCACUGCGUCCGUCCGUGUGUCAAAAUGGUGCUACCUGCACGAACAGUGUCGGCGGGCAUUCGUGCAUCUGCGUCAAUGGCUGGACCGGCCCCGAUUGCUCCGUGAACAUCGACGAUUGUGCGGGGGCGGCGUGUUUCAACGGCGCCACGUGCAUCGACCGCGUCGGCAGCUUCUACUGCAGGUGCACGCCGGGGAAAACAGGCCUGCUGUGUCAUCUGGAUGACGCCUGUACGAGCAAUCCGUGCCACGCCGAUGCCAUCUGCGACACCAGCCCCAUCAACGGCUCCUACACGUGCAGCUGCGCGUCGGGAUACAAGGGCGUCGAUUGCUCCGAAGACAUCGACGAAUGCGAACAAGGAUCACCGUGCGAGCAUGACGGCAUUUGCGUGAACACGCCCGGCAGCUUCGCGUGCAACUGCACGCAGGGCUUCACCGGGCCGAGGUGCGAGACCAACGUCAACGAGUGCGAAUCGCAUCCGUGCCACAAUGAGGGCUCGUGUCUCGACGAUCCCGGCACGUUUCGUUGUGUGUGCAUGCCAGGAUUCACUGGCACCCAAUGCGAAAUUGACAUCGACGAAUGCAAGGACAACCCCUGCAUGAACAACGGCAUCUGCUACGACCGCAUCAACUCCUUCAAAUGCAACUGCCCGGUGGGUUUCACCGGCUCGCGCUGCCAGACUAACAUCGACGACUGCAUCUCGAACCCGUGCCGCAAUGGCGGCACGUGCGAGGACUCCAUCGGCGGCUACACCUGCCUCUGCCCGCCCGGCUUCACCGGCUACUCCUGCGAGACGAACAUCAACGACUGUCAAUCGUCGCCGUGUCAGCAUGGCGAGUGCGUCGACGGCGAGAACUCAUUCUACUGCACUUGUCAUCCCGGAUAUUCGGGCUUCUAUUGCGAGGCGCAGAUCAACGAAUGCGAAUCGAAUCCGUGCCAGUAUGGCGGCUCGUGUCAGGAUCUUAUCAAUGGGUAUCAGUGCAUUUGUAAGGCGGGCACUUCCGGGCACAAUUGCGAGAUCAACGUGAAUGAAUGCUAUAGUAAUCCGUGUCGGAAUGGGGCGAGGUGUGUGGAUGGCAUCAACAGUGAUAACUCAAUUAACAUGUUUCCAUCAUACACAUGUGAAUGUAUUCCUGGUUACACCGGCCAACACUGCGAAACGGACAUCAACGAAUGCGCAUCCAACCCGUGCGCAAAUGGCGGCGUGUGCAUUGAUCUCGUCAACGGUUUCCGCUGCGAAUGCCCACGUGGUUACUACGACGCCCGAUGCCUAUCCGACGUGGACGAAUGCAAAUCAAACCCGUGCAAACAUGGCGGCAGUUGCGAAGAUGGCGUCUCACAAUUCAUCUGCCAUUGCCUCCCAGGCUACAAUGGCCGCCAAUGUGAACACAACAUCGAUGAAUGCGCUUCUAACCCAUGCCAACAUGGCGGCAUCUGCCGUGACCACCUCGCUUCCUACACUUGCGAAUGUCAACCGGGGUAUUCCGGCACGAAUUGCGAGACGAACAUUGACGACUGCGCAUUCAACCCGUGCAAAAAUGGCGGUAACUGUAUCGAUCAAGUAAAUAACUAUCAAUGCGUAUGUAAAUUACCGUAUUCCGGGCGGGAUUGUCAAGAGAGGUUAGAUCCUUGCUCGCCGAAUAAAUGCAGACACAACGCGCGGUGUUCCCCAAGCGCGAACUUCAUGGAUUUCGCAUGUACAUGCAGUGUUGGUUAUACUGGUAGGUUAUGUGAACAAGAUGUCAACGAAUGCUUGAAUUCAGCACCGUGUCGCAAUGGCGCCACUUGCAAAAACACCGACGGGAGUUAUCAAUGCGUCUGCGCGUUGGGUUACGAAGGGAAGGAUUGUAACAUCAACACGGAUGACUGCGCAUCGUUCCCCUGUCAAAAUGGCGGCACAUGUUUAGAUGACAUUGGAGAUUAUCUAUGUUUAUGCGUGAAUGGCUUCAAAGGGAAACACUGCGAGGUGGAUAUUGAUGAAUGUCUGUCAAAUCCAUGUCACAAUGGCGCCACUUGUAACCAAUACGUUGAUUCGUACACAUGUACAUGUCCCUUGGGUUUCUCAGGGAUCACCUGUCAAAUUAACGAUGAUGAUUGUACUGUUAGCUCCUGCAUGAAUGGCGGUACCUGCAUAGAUGGUAUAAAUUCCUAUACUUGUAUCUGCCCGCCAGGGUACACAGGUUCCAACUGUCAAAAUAGGAUUAAUUUGUGUGACAGUGGGCCUUGUUCAAAUGGUGCCACGUGCCAGGAUCACAUCAUGGAGUAUACCUGUCAUUGUCCCUAUGGUUACACAGGUAAAGAUUGUCGGGAGUAUGUUGAUUGGUGUGGUACCAAUCCAUGUGAGAAUGAAGCCACGUGUCAACAACAUAAAAAUCAGUAUCAUUGUAAUUGCGCGCCUGGUUGGACUGGAAAGGUGUGUGAUGUGGAGAUGGUAAGCUGUAAAGACGCUGCUCUACGUAAGGGUAUACCACAUAAACAACUCUGCAACAAUGGUACCUGCUCGGACAUUGGUAACUCACACAGGUGUCAUUGUACUGAAGGUUAUUCAGGGUCGUACUGUCAGAAGGAGAUCAAUGAAUGUGAAUCUGCACCCUGUCAAAAUGGCGCCACAUGCAAGGACCUCAUCAAUUCCUACACUUGUUUAUGUACCAAAGGUUUCCAAGGUCAGAACUGCGAGUUGAACGUUGAUGAUUGCAAAAUCAAUCCCUGUCAAAAUGGAGGGACGUGUCAUGAUCUCAUCGAUAACUUCCAGUGCUCCUGCCCAUCGGGUACCCUCGGUAUCAUCUGCGAGGUUAAUAUUGAUGAUUGUAAGAGUGAUGCUUGUCACAACAACGGCACCUGUGUUGAUCGCGUCGGAGGUUUUGAAUGUGUAUGUCCACCAGGUUAUGUGGGACCUAGGUGUGAAGGUGAUAUCAAUGAAUGUCUGUCAAAUCCAUGUUCGACACCUGGUACCCUUGAUUGUGUGCAACUUGUGAAUGAUUACCAUUGCAAUUGUAAGAAUGGGUACAUGGGUAGACACUGUGAGAGUAAGGUUAACUUCUGCGCGAAGGCCCCGUGUCAAAAUGGCGGCAUAUGCACGGCUAUCCAUGCAGGUCAUAAGUGUACCUGCCAGGAGGGUUAUUAUGGUAAAAACUGUGAGUUUUCCGGUUUUGAUUGCGAGAGUAACCCGUGUCAGAACCGAGGUACCUGUAGAAUGGCCGAAGGAGGUGGGUAUAUCUGUGAUUGUCCCGUGGGUCUAGCCGGGAUGAAUUGCGAGAUAGAUACCAUGGAUGAAUGUAAAUCCAACCCAUGUAAGCAUGAAGACGCAACGUGUCAGGACAGAUUCGGUGAUUAUGUCUGUUAUUGUCCACCGAAGCAUAAUGGUAAGAACUGUGAUCAUUACGACGUGAAUUUCCCCGGCGGGAUAGGUUAUGUCCCCGCAACAGGGAGGUCAAAUGUCACUCCGCCAUUCUACGCGAUUGAUUUGGAGAUUCAGCGGAAGCAAUGCGUGCAGAAUCAGUGCACAAUCAAACGUGGUAAUAGAAAAUGUGAUGAGGAAUGUAAUAACUACGCGUGUGACUUUGAUGGUAAUGAUUGUUCACUUGGGUUGAAUAAUCCGUGGGCGAACUGCUCGGAGCCAAUCAGGUGCUCGCAUGCGUUCAUGGAUGGUGUGUGCAAUGAAGAAUGCAACAAUCAGGAGUGUCUGUUUGAUGGGCGUGACUGCGAGAAAUCCCUGCAGCCCUGCAACCCAAUAUACAAUGCGUAUUGUGAGAAGCAUUAUGCUAAUGGUUAUUGUGAUUAUGGGUGUAAUAACGCGGAGUGUAACUGGGAUGGGUUGGAUUGUGAAAAGGCCCCACCGCAGGUUGCUGAAGGUGUGUUGCGGGUGACCAUCUUAAUGGACCCGGAAGCUUUCAAGAAGAAUAAAGUUGCUUUCCUGCGUGAUACUUCUCAUCAAUUACGGACAACAGUGACGAUCAAAAUGGACGCCAUGGGUAACGAGAUGAUUUACCAUUGGAGGGGACCAACUCCCGGGUUGGAAGACCCAGCGUAUAAAAGGAAAUACAACAUAGGGUUCACAGAGCAAUCAGGGGUUGAAGUCCAUCUGGAAAUUGAUAAUCGGAAAUGUACUUCAAUCAUCAAUUCGGAGACUUGCUUCCAGACAGCUGAAGCAGCUGCAGAAUUCCUUGCUGCUACAGCCUCCAAACAUACCAUCAGUAAAUCAUUCCCCAUUUGGAAAGUGGACGGGUCCCAGAAUGACCUUAUCCCCGACACACCUACAAACGCUAAAUUUGUAAUUAUGGGUAUCCUCUUGGUGAUUGUCCUCUGCGCAGUGGUGUUCAUGGUUGCCCAGACCCAGAGAAAGCGUGCUGCUGGUGUCACCUGGUUCCCAGACGGUUUCCUAACCACAAACAACAGCAGUAGACGAUCAUCAAGACGUCGUGGACCCGAUGGUCAAGAAAUGCGUAACCUGAACAACCCUUCAAUGAUGGACAUGCCUCACAUGGGUCAACAGAUGGGUCACCAGCAACAAUGGAGCGAUGACGAGUCGGAAAUGCCACAGCCCAAACGCAUGCGCGCAAUGGAAGCAGGAUAUCAAUCUGAUCACACUGUGAUCACAGAUUAUGAGGAGACUGAUACCAGACCAUGGACACAAUUACAAAUGGACGCUGCGGAUAUAAGACCAUCAGUUAUGUUAACACCUCCACAGAAUGAAUCACAGGAUAUAAAUGCGAGGGGACCAUGUGGUAUGACUGCGAUUAUGUUGGCAUCUGUGCGUGGAGGUGGGUUGGAAACCGGGGAGGAAGAUGAAGAUGAUACUGCAGGUGCGGUUAUACAGGAUCUGGUCGCGCAAGGUGCUGAAUUGAACGCGGCGAUGGAUAAAACAGGCGAGACUAGUUUGCAUCUAGCUGCAAGGUUUGCUAGGGCUGAUGCAGCGAAGAGGUUAUUGGAUGCUGGUGCAGAUGCCAAUGCGCAGGACAACACCGGAAGGACGCCAUUACACACAGCGGUUGCAGCUGAUGCGCUGGGAGUGUUUCAGAUUCUGUUGAGGAACAGAGCGACGAAUCUAAACGCACGUAUGCAUGAGGGUACCACUCCGUUGAUACUGGCUGCGAGGUUGGCUAUUGAAGGUAUGGUGCAGGAUUUGAUCGGUGCGGAAGCUGAUAUCAACGCGGCGGAUAACUCCGGGAAGACGGCGAUUCACUGGGCGGCAGCUGUCAAUAAUGUGGAGGCUGUUAAUAUUUUAUUGGCGCAUGGUGCUAAUCGUGACGCACAAAAUGAUAAGGAUGAGACGCCAUUGUUUUUGGCUGCGCGUGAAGGUUCUUACCAAGCGUGCAAAGCCUUACUGGAAGCCUAUGCAAAUAGAGAGAUUACAGAUCACAUGGAUCGUCUACCACGAGAUGUCGCCAGUGAGCGUCUGCAUCAUGACAUUGUCCGACUGUUGGAUGAACACCAUCCACGCAGUCCACAAAUGGUUAAUGUCAUUCCAAAUAAUUCAAUCAUGAGUUCCCAAACAGGUCAACUCAUUCAACAUCCCACCGUGAUUCACCCGAAGAGACAAAAGUCGAAGCGUCCGAGUAAAAACAACAAUGGACCCACGAGUCCGCAGGUAGAGGGCGCGCACACCGGAAGUGUCAGACGCAAACCCAGCGUGAAGAAAUCCAACAAUAAAAAGCCCUGUAUCCAACAAACUGAGAUACAAGGUUUGGAUUCAUUAACAGCUACGUUGAGCCCGGUGGAAUCACCGAUGGCGAAUCUCCCAAGUCCGUACGACACGGCAACUCAUUACUCCAACAUGUCCAUGACGACAAUGGAUGGAAGAUUGAAUUCCAAGCAACCGCCGAGUUACGAGGAUGUUAUCAAGAACGGUAACCUCGCUCCUAAUCAACACCAGUUGCAUAACUUACUACCCAUGGAUAACUAUCAGUUCUCGUUGAACUUCCAAGAUCAACUCAUGCAGACGAGUGGUGGGGGUAGACAUAUGCAACCCAACACACUCAGUCCACCCUACAGCAACCAAUCACCGCCGCAUUCGGUGCAAUCGAACAUGUCGAUGUCCCCGCAGGCGUAUAACGGGUCACCGUCACCAGCAAAGACACGCCCUUGCCUACCAACAAGUCCCACUCAUAUUGCAGCGAUGCGUGCGGCUACCCAACAGAAACAUGGCGGUAUCCCGCAGAAUCAAGCGCUGCAGAUGGGUUUUGACUUUAGUCAAGCAUCCGUGGAUAAUAUGACUUAUGGUGGGCUUGGUGGUGUGGUGGGAGGUGGGACACCAGCCGCGUUGAACCCGGCGCAGUUCACCCAGCCGAAUUAUUACAUGACGCCGCCAUCACAGCAUUCGGAUGCGUCUCCACAGCAUCUGAGUGACAGCUUUCUGACACCCAGUCCGGAUUCGCCACACUGGACCAAUUCACCGCACUCAAUCACCUCCGACUGGUCGGAGAAUGUGACGAGUCCGACGACGACGUACACCUCCGCUGGCCAUCAGGCUAAUAAAGGCUCGGAGGCGAUUUACAUUUAGGGCUGAUCCAGAGCACAGAGCGUGGAUUCGUAUUUAUUUAAUGGUCUCAGCUUCUUUUGGUGGGUUUUGGGCCUGCGGAGUGUGAAGGUAGGCAGCCAAACAUGCACGAGAGGGGCGUGAAAAGAAUAAUACUUACUUUUAGUGUAAAUAGUUUAGAUUAAAGCGAUAAAAUCGGCAUCCCAGCACAAAAUUUCAUCACUGACAGAUUUUCACAAGAAAUUAUAUACGUACAAAUCAAUUUCUGAAGAAAAAACAGUUUUUUAACGCAAUAAUUACGAAAAAAGUGUAAAUAUUUUUAAAUAUCUUUAAAGACAGCCACGUUUUUGUUCGUCAGCGUGCGCUUAUUGUACUUUAUAAUAUUUUAUCGUAUUCCUAAAGAAUCCUAACGAAUCCAGGCAUCGUGAUUCGACUGUUUUGGUUUGUAGACUUAAACAGUAAGAGUAAGUAAUAACACUAAGCAAAGACAGCAUACACACAAUAUUAAAGUAAUUAUACAAUACAAGCGAAUUUUCAUUAUUUUUUAUAAGAAAUGUAUACAUAUUGUCGAUUUAUAAACGAUUCUCUUGUUAUUUAAUGUAAAGUUAUUAGGCUUCUCGGCCGUUUGCACGCGGCCAUUGCAAGCAAAGAUGGAGGAGUUUGCGCCGGAACUCGGAAACGAACAAUAUUAACGUAUUUAUUCUACUGCACACACAUUCGAAGAGGUUUAUAUUUUAGUAAACUGCUGCCUGACGAUAUAUAUUGUGCCUUGCUACACUUGUAUUUUUAUAAGAUAGAUUUUUAUGACGAUGAACACACGCCAGAAACCUAAUAACUGUAAGAGUAUAGGACAUAUAGAAAAUUUAAUGUUUUUCCUUUACUAGAAUGUAUUUUGACAAUGUUAUUUUAAUGUUUAUUAUGUAUUUUAAUAAACUAUUUGGAGUA